CUAACACUAUCAAUGUUUACGAGGCUGUGUUUCCCCUACUACGAGGCGCUUGUGAUAGGCCGUUUCUUGUGGGGUACCGCAAACGGUAUCGCGAUCGUGGUGCAAACUGUCUGGAUUAUUGAGAGUGCACCUACAUCACAGCGAGGCAAGGUCAAUUCAUGGCAAGAAGUAAUUGCUACUGCUGGUAAUUUGUUAACACAAGCAGUUGGAGUACCAUUGUCAACACCCGCAUUAUGGCCUUUUAUGUUUGCCGUACCGCUCAGUGUCACUGUUGCUUGUUUGAUAAUAUUUAUCCUGAUGUACGAAUCUCCACAGUAUAUGCUCAAGUUUACACAUAAUCGAGUGGAUGCUGCACGAGCAAUCCGAGCGUACCAUGGCUUGAAAGAUGACAUCGAAAUUGAUAAACAAGUGACUAAAUGUGAAGAGGACGGACAGAAGGAGGAGCGUAAGAAAAGUAUCCAGCAUUCCAAGGAACCGAACGGCAUGGAAGUUAUGUUCAUGCCAUGGCGAGCCAACGAUCCACUAUCGGUCGUUGUAAGGUACGGAGCUUGGGUCGGUAUCAUGGUCAAGAUAGCUUACGUGUUUACGGGUGCGCGUGUUGUUCGAUCAUUCAACACAUUCAUUUAUCACGAUAUGGGCAAGUGGUCAAAGAAAUUCUCUCAGGUUUCGAAACUUUUCAAUCGUUGCAAAGCUUUUAUAUCGUGA